AGCCUCGGCGUUUGCUCCACAUGCCCACACGCUUCGAGCUCCGCGCGUCGCCAGUAUCCCUGUGCGAGGGCGACUGCCGCCUCGGCGGCGGCGUCCGCUUUGUCCGCUGUGCACGGCUCGCGGGCAACGCGAGCUUCUUCGGCGGCCUUUCGAGCCUGGCGCACCUUGGAGGAGAUGGCCUGCUCGCCGUGAGCGACCGCGGCUGGGCGGUGCGGCUGCCGGACUGGCCGCCAGAAACGAGCACCGCCACAGCGGAGCCGCUCGCCGACGAAUUUGGCGUCCCGCUCGCAGGCCGACACCUGCCCGCCGGCUCGGCGGCCGACGCGACGAGGAUCACGGACGCAGAGGGCAUCGCCGUCGCCACUCCCGACGCAGUCUUCAUCUCCUUUGAGCGGGUGCAGAUGGUGCGGCGGUACACCGCUCUGCCGGCGGGCAGAGGUGCGGCGCCUCUGGUCGGCGCUCCGCUGCUGCACGCGCGGCUCUCCGCGCUGUGCGGAGCGGGCAACAAUCUCGGGACCGAGGCGCUCGCGUCGCUCAACGCCACGCACCUCCUCGCGGUCUGCGAGGCGCGGGCGGGAGACGCCUCUACCUCGGCUCUCGUCGCCGAGCUAGCCGGCGGCGGGGAGGUUCGGCGAGCGCCUGCUGCUGGCCGGUGGGCACGCCGACCUUGCUCACGCUCUCAGCGGCGCCCCGACUCGCCCGCAGGCGGGUGUGGCAGCUGCGCGUGGCGCUGCGCGGAAGCCCUUUCCGCGUCGCCGACGCGGCCCUGCUGCCCAGCCGAGGCGGGGCCGGAGCCGCGGCCGUCGGGAGAGAGGACUUGCUGCUCCUGCUCGCAAGGUACGAGCCGGGCGUCGGAAACACGCUGCGGGUGGCGCGAGUGCGGAGGCGGGAGCUCGAGCGGGCGGCUGCGGGCACGCUGCUCGAGCCGCUUCGCCUGGCGGGCCGGGGUGGCGGAGAGGAGUCGGCCGGCGUCGGAGAGGUCGAGCCGGAGGAGGUCUUCACCCUCUCGCCCCGCCUGCACGCGACGGAGAACUUCGAGGGCCUCGCCGCCGUGGCCUCCUCCGACGGGGUGCGGCUGCUCCUCCUCUCCGACAACGACUACCGGCGGCGCACGAUCCUCCUCGAGCUCCUCUGGCCGUGGCCGCUGCGGGCCGCAGGCGAGACGGCGGCGGCGACGCCACGCAGCGCGGAGGGAGGCGCGCCGAUGAUCGUGGAGCCACGGGCGCCGACAGACCUGCCGCUGACGGGCUUCGUGGGCGCCGCGUCCGCCGCGCUUCUCGUCGCCGCGGUGUGGCUGCUGCGCCGCGGCCGGCGGAUCAAGCAGGGUGCAACGCCAACGGGGCUAGUCUGAAGAUAGGAGCCGCAAAGAAAGAAAGAAAGACAACCUCGGAGAUAGCGCUCCUGUCCGCUUUUGGAGCAGAGCGCUUCUCGAGAUAGACAAGGUACUAAGCUCUAACAACAACUUGCUAUAAGG